AGAUUUUAUUCUAUAAUUGCAAUUUUUAAAAAAUAAAAUAAAAUUAAGGACACACCAAGAAAUUACACGUGUUUAAAACAUGUUUACUUAAAACCUUUAUAAAGUCCACCUCUCUCAUAAUUUGACGAGCAUAUAAAAAUUCGUCCCAUUUAUUUAUCAGAUCCAUGUUAUAGCUACGGCGGGUCAUGGCUUUUAAAGGCCUCAUUCCUAUUUCCUACCUCUCUGGGUUAUUUCAUUGAAGCGCACUCAACUCAACGUUCUCCAUUGAAGCGUUCUCCGUUGAAUCUAAUUCUUGUAUCCCCCAUUGAAGCAGCCUCUAAGGUGCAAGUUGGCUAGAUCCCAAUUCCCAAAUGAGGAUGAAAGAUGCAAAUGUGAACGUGUAAUGUGUUAUAAUUAGACUUUCCAACUGAUAGGUCAGCAUGUCAUACAGCUGCUGCUGUGUAAAGCCUGUGCCUGCAGCUUCUCUUCCAUUGUCUAGGUUUUCUAUUCCCCAAAACCUAUCUCUUUCACCAACGACAACCAGAAGGAAUUGCGUCAUCAGAUUCAGCCCUGACAAGUCCUUGCACUUUGUCAGAUGCUGCUCCACGGAUGCCUUUGUCGUUGUGAAUGAUAACAAGUAUGGGAACAAACAAGUUGUUAGCUUGACUCCGAGGCUCUAUGAUUAUGUCCUGAGCAAUGUCCGAGAGCCAGAGGUGUUAAGGGAACUACGGGAAGAGACUGCUACAAUGCAUGGCAGCCAAAUGCAGGUCUCUCCUGAUCAAGCUCAGCUCCUUGCUAUGCUUGUCCAGAUUCUCGGGGCAAGAAGGUGCAUUGAGGUUGGAGUUUACACCGGUUACUCAUCCUUGGCUGUUGCUCUGGCCCUUCCAGAAUCUGGUUGUUUAGUCGCCUGUGAGAGAGAUGAAAAGGUUCUUAAAGUUGCUAGAAGGUUCUAUGAGCGAGCUGGGGUUCUUCAUAAGGUGCAGAUCAAACAUGGUCUUGCCAUAGAUACUUUAAAUGCCAUGCUUUUGAACGGAGAAGCUGGCAGCUACGAUUUUGCAUUCGUCGAUGCAGAGAAGAAAAUGUAUACGACAUACUUCGAGCUGUUGUUGAAGCUUGUGAGGGUUGGGGGUGUUAUUGUGAUUGAUAAUGUACUUUGGCACGGUAAAGUGGCCGAUUCCUUGGUGAAUGAUUCCAAAACUGCUAGUCUCAGGAGUUUCAAUAAUGCUUUAUUUGAGGAUGAACGCGUAAGCAUCAGUUUAGUACCAAUUGGUGAUGGCAUGACAAUUUGCAGAAAAAGAUGAUAAUUUUCCAA